GACAAAGUUGUCUAUAACCCAUAAUCCUGAAUUCUAACCGUUGAAGCCCACAGGGCACCAGUGUUCCCCCGCCGUCGAAUAUUCAAAAGCCUCGGAAAGGAAAAGGAGACAUCUUUCGUCUCUGCAACGGCUCUCUUCUCAAUCGAUCUCAAACCUUGGCAAGCUUCCAUUCUUAAGAGAGCUCAAACCAGAGCGAAGAAGCCAUCUUUAAUCAAACGACUCGCACACCGAAAACCCUCUUUGUUUACUGAUCUUCUCUCUGCCCCCUCGAAGCUCUGUUCCCUUGAAGAAUCAAUCAUGGACUCAACGCCGGCAUCUCAUCGAUCAAGAACCAAGCUUGUCUCUCGCCUCGCGAGGCCGAGGGACUUGGAAAUUGAGGCCGAAGGGCCUCCGAAGCUCUCACUCGAUCUGGUCAACUCGCCGUCCUCAAGGAAAAUCCCGUCCCCGUCAAACAUGUCCCUGCGGUCCUCGACCAACUCCCUCCCCCUUCAAGAAUUGCUGCUUCUCUCGCCCUCUCCUUACAAAAGAUCUAAGACCCGGCUCGCCGAUCGCCUCGAAAUGGCCAACGAUGAGAACGUCGAGCCCGUGGGGGCCCGGAAGCGUUGCAAGAGCCGCGGGUCUCACCUGGGUCUCCCGGGCUGCGGUUCUCCCAGGACCACCCGGCGGUCGCGGAGGAGGCCGGAGGCCGAGGCCCGGGAAGAGAGGGAGUCGGGAUUCGCGGAAGAGAUGGUGAAGCCGAGGAGGAGGAGGAACAGUGGGAGGUCGAGGAAGGAGAAGCUAACCUUGGUGCCUCUGGUCACUUCUUCUUCGAGCUUAUCCAGGCUGGAAGCUGAUGAGGGAUUUGACAAUGUGAAUAUAGACCUGAUUGGAGAAGCAAUCACUGAUUUGAUAAUGUGGAGAGAUGCUGCGAAAUCGACCCUUUGGUUCGGUUUGGGCUCUCUCUGCUUCUUAUCAUCAUGCUUUGCAAAAGGAAUCAACUUUAGCAUUUUCACUGCAGUUUGCCAGCUGGGGCUUCUGUUUUUGGGCUUAUCAUUUUUCUCGAAUUCGAUCUCUCAAAGGAAUAAUGCAGAGAAGAGGCGGGAUCUCCGGUUAAGGGAAGAAGAUAUCUUACGGGCUGCUAGACUCAUACUUCCAGCUGCAAAUCUCACGAUCUCAAAGACGAGAGAACUUUUCUCUGGGGAGCCAUCUACGACCCUUAAGGUAGCGCCAUUUCUUCUUCUUGGUGCUGAGUACGGGCAUCUUCUUACAAUGUGGAGACUCUGUGCAAUCGGAUUUUUCAUGAGCUUCACUGUCCCCAAAUUGUAUUCGCGCUAUUGUCUUCAGAUAAACCAGAAAGUUGAGUCCGUGUUAUGGUGGGUAUUAGAGAAGUGGUGUGUUUGCUCCCACAAGAAAAUGGUGGCGGCAUCAGCCACCAUGGCCUUUUGGAAUCUCUCUACUGUCAAAGCACGUAUUCUAACAGCAUUCAUAUCAGUCGUGAUUCUCCGAUACUGUCGGCAAAAUUCACAGCUGAAACUUGGAGGGGAUGGGGCAGUGGAAAAAGAACGACUUGGUGAACAACAACUUCAGCAAGCUCUUGUUGUGGCUGAAUGAAAGUCUCAACAUGAGUGAGCAGUCACGGUGGAAUCUUCCUCCUAGGAGACUCGACAGGAACGUGACGAGGAUGUUGUAUCUGUAUAUUAGAAUGGAAAUCUUGUAUUAAGGUCAAGAAAAAAACUCUUUUAAGUUUUAACAUCUUUUGUACAAUAAGACCCUUCUGCCGCUGCUUCUGUAUUAAUCACUCUCCGGAUUCCUGGUGAUAGCUAAUGAACGUUCUGUUUCCAGAAACA